AUGAUCGGCAAAGACUGCGUCGCCAUAGCCUGCGACUUGCGAUUAGGUCUCCAAGCCCUCACUGUCUCCAACAACUUCCCCAAGAUCUUCAACUACGCCCCCUCGACGUAUCUAGGCCUAACGGGCCUGGCUACGGAUGUCUCCACCGUCUCAGACGUCCUCCGCUUCAAAGUCAACAUGUACCGCCUGCGCGAGGAACGACAGAUCUCCCCCCAGACACUGGCUAACCUCGUCAGCUCGAGUUUGUACGAGAAACGUUUUGGGCCUUACUUUGUCAGUCCUGUGUUGGCGGGCAUAAAUAAUACAACUGGGGAGCCGUUUAUAUGCGGUUUUGAUAGUAUCGGGUGCAUUGAUUUUGCGAAAGACUUUAUUGUUAGCGGUACUGCAAGUGAACAACUAUUUGGUACUUGCGAGGGAUUGUGGGAGCCGGAUCUUGGACCGGAGGACCUCUUUGAGACCAUCUCGCAAGCCCUAUUGAACGCGGUUGAUAGAGAUGCUCUUUCAGGAUGGGGAGCGCAUGUUUACAUCAUAGAGAAGGACAAAGUCACAAAACGAUUGCUAAAGGGACGACAAGACUAA